CUGGCUUGGAGGCCAAUGCAAGGUACUUCCUGUGGCCCUGUGGGUUGGUAGAGUGGCAAAUGAAGUCUGGAACGGCGGAGGGGUCAGGUCUUGUGGAGACUCCUGACCCUAGCACCCUUCCCUCCCCCAUAACUGCUUCCAGGCUAGGUGGCCCUCGGCGGGGCCCAACUCAGAGCUUCAGCACCGCGGACAGCGCUACCGGCUCCCGGGCCACUGACUGCAGGGAUGGUGUGGGGAGCAUUGCUUUAGAGACACCCCACCCAUACCCCUUUCCCACACGGAGGGAAGGCUGUCUGUUUGACCGCAGACUCUGCUCUCACCUUGAAGUCUGUAUUCAGGAUGGCUUGUUUGGACAGUGCCAAGUGGGAGUGGGGCAGGCCCGGCCCCUUUUGCAAGUCACCUCUCCAGUUCUUCAGCGCUUACAAAGUGUGCUUCGACAGCUCAUGUCCCAAGGAUUGUCCUGGCACGAUGACCUCACCCAGUAUGUGAUCUCCCAGGAGAUGGAACGCAUCCCCAGGCUUCACCCCCCAGAGCCCCGUCCAAAGGACAGAUCUGGCUUGGUGCCCAGGAGACCUGGUCCCGCUGGGGAGCUGCUCUUACAGGGCAUCCCUACUGGCUCCACCCCUGCAGCCCAGCACCGGCUUCCUCAACCUCCAGUGGGUGGGGGUGGAGCUGGGGUGGGCUCUCCACUCUCCCCUCUGCAGGCUGAGCUGCUGCCUCCUCUCUUGGAGCACCUGCUGCUACCCCCGCAGGCCCCCCACCCUGCUCUGAGUUAUGAACCUGCCCUGCUGCAGCCCUACCUGUUCCAUCAGUUUGGCUCCCGCGAUGGCUCCCGGGGCUCAGAGGGCUCACCAGGGAUGGUCAGUGUCGGCCCCCUGCCCAAGGCUGAACCUUCUACCCUCUUCAGCAGAACUGCCUCCAAGGGCAUGUUUGGGGCUCCCUCUGACCACUCUUAUGGGGACCCUCCAGGGCCUUCACCUGGUCAACUUUUCCAGGAGUCAGGGCUUCUCUACCUGGCCCAGGAGCUGCCAGUGCCCAGCAGGGCCAGGGCACCAAGGCUUCCGGAGCAAGGGGACAGCAGCCGGGCACAGGAUUCCUCAGAGGGCUAUGAGGAGGAAGGGCUAGAAGGUCGCAGGGAGAAACCUCCUUCUCCAGCAGAGCUGCCAGUUCAUCUCGCCAGCACCACCUCACCGCCACCAUCUCGCCAUAAGCUCUGUGUCUGGCUCCCAGCAGACGUGACUCUCCAGAGACUGGCAGCUGUGCUGGCGGGCUAUGGGGUGGAGCUGCGUCAGCUGACCCCUGAGCAGCUCUCCACCCUCUCAACCCUGCUGCAACUGCUGCCCAAGGGCGCAGGACGAAAUCUGGGAGGGGUUGUAAAUGUUGGAGCUGAUAUCAAGAAAACAACGGAGGAGCAGGUGCAGCGUGGAAGCACAGCAGAGCCUCCACCCCCCACACCCUCCCUGCCUGGAUACCCCACUGCCAGCCCCACUUCCAGUAAAGCCCAGCGGGUGCUGAGCUCUGGAUCCUCCGAGUCCCCCAGAGCUGCUAGCCACCUUGCCACACCUGUCCUGCUGGAGAAGAAAAGUCCACUGGGCCAGAGCCAGCCCCCGGUGGUGAGGCGGCCGGCAGCUCAGCCAUCAGCAGAGGAGUAUGGCUACAUUGUCACUGACCAGAAGCCCCUGAGUCUGGCUGCAGGAGUCAAGCUGCUGGAGAUCCUAGCUGAGCAUGUGCACGUGUCCUCGGGCAGCUUUAUCAACAUCAGUGUGGUGGGACCAGCCCUCACCUUCCGCAUCCGACACAAUGAACAGAACCUGUCUUUGGCUGAUGUGACCCAGCAAGCUGGGCUGGUGAAGUCGGAACUGGAAGCACAGACAGGGCUCCAGAUCUUGCAGACAGGAGUGGGACAGAGGGAGGAGGCAGCUGCAGUCCUUCCCCGACCAGCCCGCAGCACCUCUCCCAUGCGCUCAGUGCUGCUCACUCUGGUGGCCCUGGCAGGUGUGGCCGGGCUGCUGGUGGCUCUGGCCGUGGCUUUGUGUGUGCGGCAGCAUGCACGGCAGCGGGACAAGGAGCGCCUGGCAGCCCUAGGGCCUGAGGGGGCCCAUGGUGACACUACCUUUGAGUACCAGGACCUGUGCCGCCAGCACAUGGCCACAAAGUCCCUGUUCAACCGGGCGGAGGGUCCGCCGGAGCCUUCUCGCGUGAGCAGCGUGUCCUCCCAGUUUAGUGACGCAGCCCAGGCCAGCCCCAGCUCCCAUAGCAGCACACCGUCCUGGUGCGAGGAGCCCGCCCAGGCCAACAUGGACAUCUCCACGGGACACAUGAUCCUGGCGUACAUGGAGGACCACCUGCGGAACCGGGACCGCCUAGCCAAGGAGUGGCAGGCCCUGUGUGCCUACCAGGCAGAGCCCAACACCUGUGCCACGGCCCAGGGGGAGGGCAACGUCAAAAAGAACCGCCACCCCGACUUCCUGCCCUAUGAUCACGCUCGCAUCAAGCUGAAGGUGGAGAGCAGCCCUUCUCGGAGUGAUUACAUCAAUGCCAGCCCCAUUAUCGAGCACGACCCGCGAAUGCCAGCCUACAUAGCCACACAGGGCCCACUGUCCCAUACCAUUGCAGACUUCUGGCAGAUGGUGUGGGAGAGUGGCUGCACCGUCAUCGUCAUGCUGACCCCACUGGUGGAGGAUGGUGUCAAGCAGUGUGACCGCUACUGGCCAGAUGAGGGGUCCUCCCUCUACCACGUAUAUGAGGUGAACCUGGUGUCCGAGCACAUCUGGUGCGAGGACUUCCUGGUGCGCAGCUUCUACCUGAAGAACGUGCAGACCCAGGAGACGCGCACGCUCACGCAGUUCCACUUCCUCAGCUGGCCGGCAGAGGGCACUCCGGCGUCCACCCGGCCGCUGCUGGACUUCCGCAGGAAAGUGAACAAGUGCUACCGGGGCCGCUCCUGCCCCAUCAUUGUGCACUGCAGCGACGGUGCAGGGAGGACUGGCACUUACAUCCUCAUUGACAUGGUACUGAACCGCAUGGCAAAAGGAGUAAAGGAGAUCGACAUCGCUGCCACCCUGGAGCACGUCCGUGACCAACGGCCUGGCCUCGUCCGCUCUAAGGACCAGUUUGAAUUUGCUCUGACAGCCGUGGCGGAGGAGGUGAACGCCAUCCUCAAGGCCCUGCCCCAGUGAGACCCCUGGGGCCCCUCAGUGGGCAGACCAGCCUCUGUUCCCUCUUUGCCUGUGUGAGCAUCUAUCUGUGUACCCCCUCCUCACCCCCCGCCCCCACCGCCUCGGUCCCUCUGGGGCAUGGCCAGUCGUCCGAGAGAAGUGUAAAGAAGAGGAUGUGGGAAGGGUCGGACCUACCCCCGGGAAGUCCCAUGGGGGCGUGGGGGGCUGGUAGCCAGCCAGGAGCAGAGGAAAGUCCUCCACCCAGAGCCUUCUCCUGCCUGAGUUCCUUGGCCCCCAGCUCCCGUUCUUCCGAGAGCUCCCAGGAUGCCCGUGUGGACGGAACCGGGUAGAGGGCCUGCCACCCCCCCACCCCCGCCCUUCUUGCUUGUCCAGCCCCUGCUGCCUGCCGCCCUGCCUCUCUGGCCCACACUCUGGCCCCUGCCCUCCCUGCCUUCCUCAGGCCUCCUCCCCUGCCCUCCUGCCACGUGCCACUCCACUCUCGCCCUCUGGCACAAGAGACCAUUUCUAGAGAAAUCUACUUUUGUAUCAAUGUGAAUAAAGUUAGUGUGUCGUGCGUGCAGCCACCCGGACUCCUACA